GCAUGCCUUGUAGAGCUUUACAAACGUCACAGUCAUGAGUGCUCUCUACGACAUCAAAGACUCACUUAUCCAAGACCGCAUAGUCUUGGGUGUCGCGGAUCAGCGUCUUACCACACGCCUGUUAGCGACAGGACAUACAGAUUUGACAAAAGCUUUAGAGAUCUGUCGACCGGAAGAGGUGGCGACAGCGCAGCGUCAAAGGAUGGUGACUGAUUCUCAGCGAGGUGUCAAUGUAGCCACAGUUCAUCAUGAAGUUGUUGAUGAGGAUGAAGAUUCCAAAGAAGUACAAGUAGAUGCUCUUCGGCAAUAUUCCUCUAGGGGUUCGAUGAUCAAGGAUUGCAUGCGUUGUGAGGGGACAAAUCCGCCACGGAAGUGUCCAGCUUGGGACAAACGGUGCCAAAAUGCAAUGGGCUUAACCAUUGGAAGUCAAUGUGCCGGACGAAAAGGGUAAAUGUAGUC